CGCUGCUUCACGAAUUCCAGUGUAAAUUUGAAGAUGAGCAUGGCAACAAGAGAGGGAGUUCAAUGAGAAUAACAAUGAGAGACAGAGGCAAGAACAGGAAACCCUUGCAGAAAGGCCGAAAUCUAAGCAUAGAGGCCAUCCAAACAAUUCAAGCACUGAAACGAGCACCUAAAUUUUCAGACAAGCAACAACAGGUCAUCCAUUCCAAGUUUACUAGAUUACUCAAGUUUGAUAUGAUGGCCAUCCUUCGUGAACUCCUCCGCCAAGAUCAUUCCCUCCUCGCCCUUAUGGUUUUUGCAGAGAUUCAAAAGGAACAUUGGUAUAAACCGGAGGUAUCAUUAUAUGCUGAAAUAAUCUUGGUCUUGGCUAGGAACAGCUUGUAUGAUAAGGUUGAUAUGAUUUUUGUUGAAUUGAAAAGCGAAAAGGGUAGAUUAGAGGGUAAGACAGAGGGGUUUAAUGCGUUGUUGGAAAAUUUGAUGAGUUACAACAUGACUGGACUUGCCAUGGAUUGCUUCGAGUUGAUGAAAGAGAUUGAUUGUGAGCCUGAUAGAUCAACGUUUAAAUUAUUAGUCGCCCAUUUAGAAUCAAAAGGAGAAACCGGGCUUUCUGAAGGUAUUAAGCAAGAAGCUCGUAAAUAUUAUGGUGAUUCCCUCGACUUCUUAGAUGAACAAGAAGAUACGGUGACAGCUAAGCUUCAUUCAUCGAUAGAAAGUGCUGAUUGUCGUUUUGGUUAUGUUUGAUGCCUUUUAAGCUUAAUCUAUUGGUACAUCAAACAUACAUAUCCACAAAGACACCUUUUCUUAUCAUGAAAAAUCUACUUGAUCCAAAUGUUUAAUGUUGAUCAUGUCAUAUAGUAAUCACUCGAAGAGUGGUAGUCAUCUAAACAUGGAU